AACAGUUUGACGUCGCAGGACUUUCAACCGGAAGAGAGAAUGUAAACAAAGUAACUAGUUGAGGUUGAGAAGAAGUAACAGUAGACGGUUCUCCCGCUGUACACGAAUUGGAAUAGUUGCUCGUAACCCUUGUUUGUAAACGAUGUAAUGUAAUCGAUGGACUGAGUGAUACACUUAUUUUUGAUUCCAAGGUCUCCAUGUCGAUAACAGGCAACAUCUAUGGUGAGCUACCCAACUGCUAGCUAGCAUUAGCUAAACAGCUAAUCUCCCUGCGCUAAUAAUAAAGAGUUAAUAAGCUACCAGCACCAAUGCUUCAAGAAGGAGAGCAGUCUCUUCGGCUAGUUCGCUCCCUGAACAGUCAAGUACCCAUCAGUGCUGUGUUUCGUAACCUCAGUCCUCGUGUCGUACGACCACUAUGGAUAGAUUACCGCGGGCAACCUCGGGUUUACGUUGAUUUACAGCCAGGAACGGGACGAGAAAUGGCCACCUUUAUCGGUCAUCCAUGGAUGUUCAGAGAUGCAAAUUCUGAUGAGCCACUGAGGGUGAACGGCAAAGAACUGUUUCUUCCUAAACCAGCGGAGGGUCGAAAUGCUGAUAUUACUUUACCAGUUUACAGCCUCAAGGAUCGCGCUCUUCAGGUUAUUCGGCGUCUGGUACGAGCACAAGACUACAGGAGGUUGGAAAUAGCUCGAUGUCUCCACGAGGAGCUGGAAGAUAAACCCAGUAUAUUGAAAGAUCUCCACCGCAUGAACCAGCGAGUAGAGCAGCAUCUACUGGAGAGGAUCCAAUGCCAGGAGGAAUGAGGCAUGAAACUGGAUGGCUAAUGGCCACGUACAGACAACAAUAUUAUAUUCCACACUAUUAGAAAGCAAAGAAGCCAGAAUUCCUGAAGUUGUAAGAUCAAAUGUUCAACUUACUUUUUGGGUUAGUAAGCAGCUGUUGCAAACAUUUCCCUUGAGGUCUGACAUUUGCUGCAAAUGAUGAUCUGCUGCUUGUUAUAUUCAUGCAUUGGCUUUGGCAAAUGCCUUCCUCUGCAGAAAAAAACUCCUCUUUUUAGAAGAUGAGAUUGUAUAUAAUGUGAUUGUAGCAUAUUCAAUUAAAUUGUAUUGUUUGUACUCUAAAAUUGUAUUUAAGCAUGUCAAUGGUUAUUCCUAAAUGGUGAUAUUUUAGCCAUGAAUGCCUAUCUGAUAAUCUUACUCGCUUCUUUAUUUUGUCAUACAUAGCCAGGUUCUGUCAUUAGUAUUCUCUCAAAAAAUCCUCUUUGAUCAUACACACAAGACAGAGCUUUUUUGUUCUUGUCAUCCAUUCAGUGUUAUCAUUGAUCUUCUGCCAUAGAUAUCCCAUAUAUCUUGCAGCUGAAAAACUACAUAAUUUGACCUUGUCUUUACAUUUUUAAGACUGGGCUGUGAAACACUGUGAGUGAGGAUUUAUAUACUUUUGUUUGUGUCUACUUUGUAAUUGUUCCUCUGUUAGCAUGUUUUAAAUAUAUACACUAUUACUGUAUCUCAAAGACCACCAUUGUUUAUUUGUGUAAUAAAUAAAUAACAUAUUUCUUACUGUU